AUGGCAGUGGACAAUGGGAAAUGGAUCAAUGAUGGUCAAAGUGGCAGCAGUAUCUUCUACAUCGGCGAUGGGCGAUAUCAUUCUCCAUCUGUACGUCCUGGAACCUGGUCUUGGACUUGUCAAUCACAGAGAGGUCAUGUGUCACCAUGGUGGAUGGCAGGGCAAGGUUCA